UCCAAACCAAGAUGAUGGCAAGUCAGUCGUGUGUCAAACAAAACUUCAAAGUUCCCGUAGGUCAUAUUGUUAUUUGUGGGAAAUGGCGAGGCUCUGAUCUUGCUUCUGUUCUUCAAGGAAGCGUACAAGUUUUAUAUGAAGACGAUCUAGGAUUGAUUGACUUCUACCCAACGGGUAAUCAGGGUGUGGUAUAUCUUCCCGAGGCUGAUCUCAUUACAAGUGGAACAUACAAGAGAAAAUUAGCCAAGCUGAGAAAGGCCAACAAAGUCUGUGUUCUAGUGAUGGCUGAGAGAACUGCUACCAGUCAACAAUACUAUUCUCCUCUGCAAAACUUCUGUAUGCUAGAGCUCGGCUUCUCGCUACUGCCAGUUCCAAGUCAGAGAGAGGCUGCUGGUCUGCUGAUACAAAUGGUACAUUGUGAAGGGAAGUCUCCAGAGUUGAACCCUUUCGGUAAGAAGAAGAAAGCCGUCCAUCUUGACCCUGCCAUCCUCACAACUCUACAGUGUGUUCCCAAGCUUGGAGAAGUCAAGGAUAAACUUCUGCUUCAGACAUUCAAAAACAUCCAGAGCAUUUCUGUAGCUUCUGUUGAGGAAUUGGCUGCUGUUAUAGGAAAGGCAAGUGCUUCGCAAGUGAAGAUGUUUUUCUCGGAGAGCGUUACAUGAAAUUCACCACAAACGGAAACUGAAGAAUCCUAUAUACCAGGGGUAUACAGAAAUGUGUUAUUCUCUGGGUCCACACCUGUCUGGUGUUUCUUGAGCUCCCAAGCAUAGGCUGACUGUUUGUUGGUGCUAGUUUAAUGACUGUUAAAGUCCUUUUACAACAGCUUCCAUUUUAUAUGAGAUUUAAGAAUACACAGUAUGAUUUUUGUGUAUAAGUCUUAGAAAAGCUAAAAUGAAAAUUCUGUGACAAAACAACACAAAUACUCCUCAUUUUCUGGAAAUAUUUUUAUUUUGUUUUAUUAACUUGUUUUUUGUUACAAAUUGACAUUAAAUAGCUUAUUGAUGUCUUUGAUAAUCAAGAUUCUCAAUUAUUCUAUUCAUAGAAUGAAAAGCGGAGAAAAAAAAAAAAAAUUGUAGGCACAGACACUCGUCAACAACAAUAAAAUUUGAGUGCCUUAAAUCUGUCUUGCUCAAUUCACAUAAGUUUUAUACCUGAGCUUGAGCAUAGUAAUAAAUAACAAGUACAGUCAAACCUGAUCUUAUGACCACCGGUGUUAAAGGACCACCUGUGUUGAAUGACCACCUUUGUAAAGGAAUAGCUGUGUUAAAUGACCAUCUAAUUCAAGAGGCCACCUGAGAAAAGAGUAAACUGGUGUUUAAUAGGCUGUCUGUGUUAAUUUAAGGGGCCACUUGUGUUAAGAGACUGUAUUUGAAUAUUAUUUCAAUAUGUGUGUAAAGGUAGGCCACUUAUGUUAAAGGACCAUCCUGUGUAAAGGGUCAUCUAUGGUAAAGGGGCCACCUAUUCGAAAUGACCUGUCUCAAGGGGCCAUCUAUGUAAAAGGACGAUCUAUGUCAAGUGGCAAGCUGUAUUAAAGGACCUCUGUGUAAAGGGGCCAUCUGUGUAAGGACAUUUGUGUAAAGGGGCCGCCUAUGUUAAAUGACCUGUCUAAAGGGGCCACCUGUGUUAAAGGACCUCUGUGUAAAGGGGCCACCUAUGUUAAAGGACCAUCCUAUGUAAAUAGGUAAUCUAUGUUAAGAGGUUAUCUAUAUUAAAACAUUGACAUUGUCAAGAGAACUCCUGUUAGGCUACCUGUCAUAACUGUGUCGGAGAUCUUUGAAAUUUAACCUGUAGUAAGAGACAACCUGUGUAACGAGGCCACUAUAUGGUCUUCUUGAGGGUGGUCACCCGAGUCGGGAUUGAACUGUACCACACCCACUCUCUCUCCCUAACAGACAUUCAUUCACCUCUCUAUAGUGCUCAAUGACAACAAAACAUGGACCCUGAUAAAAGUCCCACGAUAGCAAACUUUCGAAUGAUUCUACUGGUGUGAUAUCUGAAAAACAUAUAUACAUACAACUUCAUUUUAAUUUGGCAAAACCAGGUCUAGCUAGAUAGCUACAGACAUUUCAAACAUCUGGAAAGGUUGGGAUAUUCCAACAUUGAUAUCUAGAAUAUUCUCGAGCAUCUUGGUGUAAACAGGGACAUUUAAAUUAGCGAGUUUGGGAUGAUCCUAACAUGAAUAUCUAGAAUAUUUUAAAAUAUCUUCAAUCUUUACAAGCAUCCAAGACUUAGGGACAUUCUGCCAAGAAAAUGCACCUCGGAUAUUGUACGGUAUUUUACUAUACAUACUGAUGGAUAUCUAUUUGAUUACAACUACACAAAGUACCUACGGUAUAGUCUGGGGGUACAAUGUAUAUAUAUCUAGGGCAAAUAUAAUAUUACUGGAAUUCUAGGUGCAUUCCAGACUAAGAUUUCUAACAAUAUUCCAGAAUAUCUAGAUAUCUGUUGUGAGAGCAUAUCUAGAUAUAUGUAGCUGUGAUAGCAUAUCUAGAUAUCUAGCUUUGAGAGCAUAUCUAGAUUUAUGUAACUGUGAUAGCAUAUCUUAAUAUCUGUAGCUGUGAGAGCAUAUAUCUUGAUAUCUGUAGCUGUGUGAGCAUAUCUUGAUAUCUGUAGCUGUGAUAUAUCUAGAUAUCUGGAAGUAUCCUAGACUAAAAAAAAUAUCAGGAGACAUUCUGCUAGCAUUAUUUUAAUACCUACAACUAUUGAAACACAUCUAGAUCAGUCACAUAUACCUUACCGUACAACCUUUUUCUACGCUGACAAGGUAAUACAUUUAGUUUUUUUUUUUUUUUUUUUUAAUUUUAUACGAGGGCUUUCUUGGGCUCUGCCUCUGCCCCUAUUUCUUUUCGUAUGCAAGCCAUACAAAAUAACACAUUCUUAAAUGAAAUUUAAAUAAAGUAUGGUGUAUAUGUACAAUAUAACUAGGUAGACAACUUUGCCAACCUUUACAAUUUUAUGCAGUUACCUCCCUUGGCAAGGCUGUUGUCUAAAGGGUAUUAUGGGUAAUCCAGUUACCAUAUAUAGGGAUUCCUCAUAUGAAAAAAAAAUCAUCUAAAUGGUUACGAUCUUUAUGAUACAAAUUAACUACACUAUGAUCAAAACCUGACAGGAUAAAACACAAACUAAUGGUAAACUUUCACCCUGUCAAAGAAUUCAUAAUUACCUGCAAAAUAAUUAUUCAUCCAAUGUUAAUUUUGUCCUUCACAUGAAAUUUCUUAAUAUAAAUAUGUAUACAGUAUGACGUUAAAAAAUAUUUACUGUCAUGAAAAAGUUUGUGGUAUACAGCAAUACAAUGUAAAUAGAAACACGAAAAAUGAGAAUUUCUGUUUUAGAAAUUUUCUUCUCUUUGUCAAAAUGAGAAUUUCUAACGCAUUUUUGCUUUUUAUGAAGCUAAUGAACAUGGAAAUACUACUGGGACCAAAAAAUGGAAUUAUGAAAUCCGGUUUGAUGGGUUUAUUUAGGAUAUAGAAAUGUGUUAAACACUACAACAGUUUUAAAAUUGUCACAAAACACUAUUUAAUAUGUCACUACUCACUUGGUGUGUUAAACAUGAAGUACGACUGAACUCUCUAAAAUUAUCAACCUCACUUCGCACAGAAUUUUGUGCAAUGACAUUUAGUCAAAGUGUGCACAGUUCAAAGCCAAAUAAAAUCAUCUCUGAACUUUUUGUCUUGUGUGUUGUAUCCAUAAUCAAUUUGAAUGCCACAUUAUUCAAGAAUUUCAUUAUUUUCGAUUAAAAUUCAAUAGCACUUUAUUCUGACCUUACAAGGAAAUUUCGUAAAACAACUUUGUGAAAAGACCUAAGAAAUGUAUUU